CCCGCCACACCCGGACUGCCCCCUCCCGCCAGGCCCUGGCUGGACCCGGCGACGUCUUUUUUCCCUCCUUGUCACCCGCGGUCGCGCCUCGGGCGGGGACCGGUGCCCUGGAGCGAAAAGUCUGACGCUCCCCGGUCCCCCGCCCCAACCCACCCCCUAAUCUCCCACCGCCCAGUCCCCCGGCAGCGAUGAGACAGAGCGGCGCCUCCCAGCCCCUGCUGAUCAACAUGUACCUGCCAGAUCCAUUGGGAGAAAGUCUCUUCAAGGAAGGCAAGAGCCCAGGCUGGGGGCCGCUGAGCCCCGCGGUGCAGAAAGGCAGCGGGCAGAUCCAGCUGUGGCAAUUUCUGCUAGAGCUGUUGGCUGACCGCGCCAAUGCCGGCUGCAUCGCAUGGGAGGGAGGCCACGGCGAGUUCAAGCUCACCGACCCCGACGAGGUGGCACGGCGCUGGGGCGAGCGCAAGAGCAAGCCCAACAUGAACUACGACAAGCUGAGCCGCGCGCUACGCUACUACUACGACAAAAACAUCAUGAGUAAGGUGCACGGCAAGCGCUAUGCCUACCGCUUCGACUUCCAGGGCCUUGCGCAGGCCUGCCAGCCGCCACCCGCGCACGCCCACGCCGCGGCCGCUGCUGCAGCCGCCGCGGCCGCGGCUCAGGAUGGUGCGCUCUACAAGCUGCCCGCCGGCCUCGCGCCCCUGCCCUUCCCCAGCCUCUCCAAACUCAACCUCAUGGCCGCCUCGUCCGGAGUGGCGCCCGCCGGUUUCUCCUACUGGCCGGGCCCGGGCUCCACCGCCGCCGCUGCCACUGCCGCCGCCGCUACGGCCGCCGCGCUCUACCCCAGCCCCGGCUUGCAGCCACCGCCCGGUCCCUUCGGCGCCGUGGCCGCCGCCUCGCACUUGGGGGGCCAUUAUCACUAGACGGGGAGGACGGGUACGGGUGAGAGUGGCGAUCGGUCUCUUCCCGCGUUCCCAACCCACCCAGGUCCUGGUGGGGUGCUAGUUUGUCAACAAUCCUUUAGCGCAGACUUGGCUCGCUGGGCAGCACCCAGUUCCAGGGACGGGCCUGGCGUCUCCCCCAAACUUUCCUUUACUGUUA